AUGUGUAAAACUGGAGAAGCUGAUGCUGUUUUCUUACGACAAUAUGCUACUGCAAAAAAUUCUACAAGAACCAAAGCUCCUAAGUCUACAACUACUAAACCACGAACAACUAAACAAAAAAGUGCUGGAACUAAAAAAUCUACUGCUAAAACCCGAACCAAAACUAAGGUUGUUAAGCUCAAAGACGAGGGGCCAAUUCCCGAAAGUCCUAGAAAUCCAGGUACCCCGUACACUAUUUGGUUCGCUGAUUUUUAUAACCAAUUCAAGCCCGAUAAUCCUACGUUAAAAGUUACGGAGAUUGGUAAAAUAGCUGGUGAAAGAUGGAGAUCUUUACCUCAUGAUGAGAAAGAAACAUAUUUAGAAAAAUAUAGAAAAGCUAAAUCUAAAUUUGAAGAUGAUUUUAAAACCUGGAAAGAAUCUUUGACUUCAAAAGAAAUUGCUAGAGUAAAUGAACAUCGCAAGUUGGCAAAAUUGAAGGGUAAACAUGUAAAGCUUUUGAAGGAUUCUAGAAAACCAAAGCGGCCGAAAACUCCAUUCUUACAUUUUAUUACGGCCAAUAAAAAUUUUGAUGAAUCUAAGACAAUGAUCGAACAAACACAAGAAUUAGUUGAAAGAUGGAGAUCAAUGAGUCCUGAAGAUAAGAAGCCAUUCGAAGAUCUAUACGCUCAAGAAAAAGCAACUUAUGAUUCCCAGAUUUUAAUCUACAAGAAAUCCUUGGAAUAA